AGAACUCGGUGGCUGUGGAACAUUCCCAGCCUUGUGACCCGAUGCGCCAAAAAAUCGCGCCAUGAAACGCUUAACGCUAAUCUCCGCACUCGGCAUUACUAUCCUGCUACAUGCGACCUCUGUCAAGGGCACUGGCGGUGGUGGCAUGUUUGGCGAUGUGAAUAUAUCUGCAAUACUAGAUUCGUUUAGUAUAAGUUACGAUAAGAGAGUAAGACCAAAUUAUGGAGGUCCGCCAGUGGAGGUGGGCGUCACCAUGUAUGUGCUCUCUAUCAGCUCCGUCUCCGAAGUGCUCAUGGACUUCACGUUGGACUUCUACUUCAGACAGUUCUGGACUGACCCGCGCCUAGCAUACAAAAAGAGGCCGGGAGUAGAGACACUAUCCGUUGGUUCCGAAUUCAUUAAGAACAUCUGGGUUCCUGAUACAUUUUUUGUGAAUGAAAAACAAUCUUAUUUCCACAUAGCAACUACAAGUAAUGAGUUUAUACGUAUUCAUUAUUCUGGAUCUAUUACAAGAAGUAUCAGAUUAACUAUAACAGCAUCCUGUCCAAUGAACUUGCAAUACUUUCCUAUGGAUCGUCAGCUUUGCCAUAUUGAAAUCGAGAGUUUCGGCUACACAAUGCGAGACAUCCGUUACAAAUGGAAUGAGGGACCCAAUUCAGUGGGUGUAUCCAGCGAAGUGUCCCUACCGCAGUUCAAGGUGCUUGGUCAUCGUCAACGAGCUAUGGAAAUCUCUUUAACAACAGGAAAUUAUUCCAGACUCGCCUGUGAAAUACAAUUUGUACGUUCGAUGGGGUAUUAUUUGAUUCAGAUCUACAUUCCUUCUGGCCUGAUUGUUAUAAUAUCAUGGGUGUCGUUUUGGUUAAAUCGUAACGCGACACCUGCGCGUGUUGCUUUAGGUGUCACUACUGUAUUGACGAUGACCACCUUAAUGUCAUCAACAAACGCUGCGUUGCCUAAGAUUUCAUAUGUGAAAUCUAUUGAUGUAUACCUGGGAACCUGUUUUGUGAUGGUAUUCGCCAGUCUGUUGGAAUACGCAACGGUGGGUUACAUGGCCAAAAGGAUUCAGAUGCGUAAACAAAGAUUUAUGACAAUUCAAAAAAUUGCGUCAGAGAAAAAGCUUCCACCUGAAUGCCCACCCGUUGAUACACACACGCUUACUAAAAUGAACACUCUUGGUAGAUGUCAACUUGGAAGACCAUCGGAAGUUCGAUUUAAGGUUCAUGACCCUAAGGCUCACUCCAAAGGUGCUAUUCUGGAAAAUACGUUGAAUGGUGGUCGAAACGCUGAGGAGGAGCCUCCAGUGCCGCCCCCACAACUUCUCCAACCAGGAAAGGAUAUCAGCAAGUUGCUGGGCAUGACUCCAUCGGAUAUCGACAAGUAUUCUCGGAUCGUAUUUCCUGUCUGCUUCGUCUGCUUCAACCUCAUGUACUGGAUCAUUUACCUUCAUGUUUCUGACGUCGUGGCUGAUGAUUUGGUGCUUCUGGAAGAAGAUAAAUAGAGGGUUUACAUUAAAUCCGCAUAUUUUACUUGGUCAAUAUCUCUAAUAUCCGCUAAGGAAGUUGCGAGAUAUUCCCAAUACAAGUGUCCUAAGACAACUUACUGGGAAGUCUCAACCACUAAAAAUGUAUAUGUAAUCUUUGAAAUUUACAAAUUUUAACUUAGUGCCGUUAUUAAAAAAAAUAUAAUGCAUUUAAUUUUAAACCGUGUGCUUAACAUGUUAAAUGUUUGAACGUGACAUAAAGGCAGUUAAAUUAUUGUGGUAAAGUUUCUGAUAAAUUAUCAGAUGCUCAAAUCUAAGUAAAGUAACAAAAAUCUGUGAAAGGGAAUGUAACUAGUUUUGGGAAGUAUUAAUAUCUAUUAACAAUAUAAAAUUUUAAUACAUUUAAAGGUUUAAAAAUGUGAUUGCAAAGUAAAAUAAGUGGAUUUAAAUCACUAUUAUCAAAAUUGUGUUAUUCUAAUGCUCAACUUUUUCCUGCAUAGAAUGUUUCGAAACAAUUGUUUUCCUUAUUGUAUGAAGAUUUAGUUUAUUAUGGUCUUUUCUCUUUUUUUGUAAUAUAAAUGUAGAUUAUUUUUAGUUAUUGUA